AUGAUAAUAAAAGACUCUUCUGUUCAGGCCGGCCUUCGGCUUCUGCAUGCAGCAGCUGGGACAGGAAACAUGAAGUUCAGCAUUCAAAAACGACCAUAUGUAAUGUCGAAUCAGAGCUUUACUUCUACUGAACAGAGCAGUGAGGAUAACAUGGGUCAUCAUCAUCAACAAAAUGCUGAAGGUCAUAGUAACAGUGGAACAGUGAAUACAGCAAAGCCUGAAGAUUGGCCACCAGACAUGAAGGACUAUGUGAGACGCUGUUUUACUGCAUGUGAAACUGAGGAGGACAAGGAUCGGACAGAAAAGCUCCUGAAGGAGGUGCUGCAAGCCAGACUUCAGGAUGGAACAGCAUACACUAUUGACUGGAGUAGGGAGCCUCUUCCUGCUGCUGAUCGAAACAACUGUAAACCGUCCAAGAAAAACAGUCGAUGGGAGCUUACCCAGCGUGGAGUUCCAGCAUCUAAUUCUGCACAGCGAGUUUGUGCAAAUGGGCCACAGUCUUUUAGAAGUGGAGUUUCCAGUGGGCAGAUCCAACGAGGCAAUGGAGAGGGAAGUCCAACCUCUGGAGCAGGUUCUCGGGCCUGUACAAAUGGAUAUCCAUGCAAAUUUGGAAACAGAAAUGUUUUCAUGAAGGAAUCUAGUCCUUCCUCUUCUAGUGCUGGUUCUCGCUCCAGGUCACGUUCCAGGUCACUUUCAAGAUCACCACAUAGACGUUACCGUAGAAGCAGUGGAUCCAGCUCCGAAUCGGACAGCAGUUCAUUCUCUGGCAGUGACUGCCGCGUUGAAGGACGUAGAGGAUCCCAGAAAGGACGUGGGCGAGGUGCUCAUAUGGAUCGUGGUCGGGGGAGGAUGCAAAGAGGAAAGAGAAAUGAAUAUGGGACUGGUCCUGGUAAGAACAAGAAGAAGAACUCUGCAAUGGAGUAUGAAGACCCAGAGAAGGAGUUCAAAAAACAGAAGCGGGCGGCACGAUUUCAACAUGUGCACAGUAGGAAACUCCGGAUGGAGCCAUUGGUGCUGCAGAUUAAUAACUUAGAUGCAAACAACUCUGAAAGCAUGGACUGGGAUGAACUGAAAAUAAUAGGGACCAGCCAAGAGAUAACCAAACACUAUCUGCGACUCACCUGUGCCCCAGACUCUUCAUCUGUCCGUCCUGUUGUGGUUCUCCGAAAGUCAUUGCUGAUGGUGAAAACGCAUUGGAAAACCAAUCAGGACUAUGCUUUUGCUUGUGAACAGUUAAAAUCCAUUCGGCAAGAUCUAACGGUGCAGGGAAUUCGUACAGAGUUUACUGUAGAGGUUUACGAAACACAUGCCAGAAUUGCACUGGAAAAGGGUGACCAUGAAGAGUUUAACCAGUGUCAGGCACAGCUGAAAUCAUUGUAUGCUGAAAACCUUCCAGGAAAUGUUGGCGAGUUUACAGCUUACAGAAUCCUUUAUUAUAUUUUCACCAGCAAUUCAGGAGAUCUCACAACUGAACUGGCUUACUUAACCAAGUUUUUGAAGACUGAUCCUUAUGUAGCCCAUGCUUUAGCUGUGCGCACUGCCUGGGCCUUAGGAAACUACCAUCGUUUUUUUAAGUUGUACCGGAUAGCACCAUGCAUGUCUGGAUAUCUUAUGGAUAAAUUUGCUGAGAGAGAAAGGAAUUCUGCACUGAAGGCCAUGAUUAAAACUUUUCGUCCGGUGCUCCCAGUUUCCUACAUCCAGUCAGAGUUGGCCUUUGAGAAUGAGGAAGAAUGUCGGAAUUUCUUGGCCUCUCUGUCCCUUUCGUACACAGGAAACGACAUGAGCAAGAUAGACUGCAAGCAAAGCUUAGCAGUCUUACAAAAUUUUUAAAUAAAAGAAAAAUCAGAAGGUAGAAAAAACAGAAAACCAUGUCCACAGCAGCAGCUGUCUUUUGUGUGGCAUUCUUGCUCCAUCAAUUGCAGCUUUCUAGGUGGGAAGUGAAGAUGGUAAGAUGGUGGCUGAAUCUUGUGGUUACAAAUUCAGUAUCCAGUGUGGCGAAAACAUUCAAGUGUUUAGUCAUCGUGGUUUCAUUUCUCCCAUGUUACUCUUCAGUGGUCAUGGAGCUGAAGUGUAUUGGAAAUUUUUUUAAUUUAAAAUGGUGCUUUGUAUUGGUUCACAGUGUGACAGGAGGUUUAUGCUUCCGAAAUUGAAAUGUCAAGAACAGCUUUUUUAGAAUUACAUUUGCUGUACAUAUAUAGUUUAUAUAUAUAUAUGUAUAUAUAUAUAUUUAUAUAUUUUUGUAUCUCAUUUGAAAUUUGAGAAUACAACAUAAAACAGAAACCUGCACUGUGAUUGUUAAUUGCUGAGAGGGCAGAGUAUACAGCAGCAAUGAAGAGUAUAAAGUUGCCUAGCUGUAAACUUAGGAUUUCAAAAAUCUGUGGCAUUGGUCAAGGAAAGAAAAGAAAGAAUGGAUAGGAGUUGUGAAUCUCUGUGAGCAGCAGGAAGUCUUUCAACAUGUACAUUAUUGUCAUAUAAAAAGUUUGCUUUGUAAUUACAUUUGCUUGUAAUUAUUUGUUUUAAGUGUUGAAUUCUUUUUUGAAUUCCUGUACAGUAUUAUGUACAUAUGUAUUUAAUAUAUAAACUAUCCCUCAGUUUUGUUUCUGAGUGAUCAGUGCAGACGCUCUGUUUUGUAAAUGUUGGGAGUGGGUUAUACUUUGUACAUGUUGGUAUUGCCAUUUCCAGAUGGAACUAACAGUGUUUCAGUUUUUCUCUCUUCUUGAGCAUUUCUGCCCAGAUGUUGCAUCACGUUAAGAGGAAAGCAUUCUGGUGAGGGGAGCAUGGAGAAGCUGUCAGCAUCGAAGUAAGCAGACGCCUUCUAUGUGAAAGCACAAUCAUGUCACCUGAUCAGAGACUUUUGGUCAUGCACAUAAGAGACUGGAAGUAAUCUUGAAAGUCUUGUUGACGUUGAUCGAAAAAGAAGACGUCUGGCCACCCAUUGAUCAUCAGUCUGCAAGCAAAAUUCUAAAGGGCAUCAAAAUUCAUUGCUGUUAGAAUUUGUAAUGUUUCCAUGCAGUUAGGCUUUCCUCCAGACCCAUUUCUACCCCUCGUCCAAAUUUCCUUUGGUUCCCAUUUACUACUGAAGUUUGUGUAUUUUUUUUUUUCUUUUACAGGUAAAAUUAUCUUGGUAAACAUUGUUGGUCUUUCAGUAUUUUCACCUGCUUGUUUGUAAUUUGCUUGCUUUAUCUUUCCUCUCCCUUACUGUCAUUGUGUUCUGUUUGUAUUUUCAUAAAGUGCAAUUAAUUUGGAUUACAUUUUUGUUUAAAUGCUCCCUUUUUUUUUCAGAAAAAAAAAUUCUUACACAUGCCAGAAAAUAAAUAUUUCUUGGAAAAAACAUUAAUUGUAACAUUUUCUUGUAAACUGAUAAUUGGACCAAAAUGUGUUUGUCUUGUAGAAGCUGUUCUCAUUUGUAGGCACGUCCCCUUUAUGAUGCAUUGAUCUUCAAUAGUUUUGAUUUUGAGACUUGUGUUUUUCAAAAGGAUUAGGGAGGAAGCAAGAUGCUUCCUUUCUUGAUCAUGCUAGAUGUUGUUUGUGAUGUGUUUUCUAGUACCAGACUUAAUCUAUCAUCUUUACUUUGUUUCUAACUGUUGUUCAUAUUAACCAGUUACAUAGUAGAAAGCAAACGUUAAAGCUAUUUAUGUUGCAUUGACUGUUUUUGAUGUAGGUUUGUGUAGGUAGGACAUCAUCUUUGACAGUAUUGAUGCUGUUAGUCUUAAUAAAACAGCAAAUAGUUAUUCA